AAUGUAAUUUCAAGUGGGCCGGGCUCAAUUAGAAAUAUCAAAAUCACAACUCUUCUGUCUUCUCCCAUUAGAUUUCACGCUCGUAGCUCCGAGCAUCCGAGGGUUCCUAGCCGUGCUGCAACUGCAAGUCUCCGCCUCCACAGCUGGCAACCCCACCAUUCCUGGUUGCUUUGUACGAGGCGUGCAGAAGCACAGGAAGAGUUCACAAGGGCACUCGCACUGUGACCUGGCUUCAGCUUUGCAUGCCAUUGAGGGCAAUUGUGGAGAGUUCUUGGAACUAGGAAGCUAUUGAUUUGAAGCCUGGUCAUAUGGAUGCUUUGUAUAAAUUGGGGUUGGCUUUUCAUCGGCAUGGGUAGGUAUCGGAGGGCUACACCGAGGCUCAGCUAAGAUUUGAAAGGACUUGUGGAAGCAUGCCAUCCCUCCAAACGGCAUUACCUCCUGAACUUGCAAAUAAUGUGAUUAGACUUUAUCGUGAAUGCCUUCGAAGAGCACGGUUUAUUGGUCAUCGGCAACACAAUAUGGAGCUUCUUGUUGAUAUGGUGAGGCAGCAGUUUAAGAAACACAUGCAUGAGACAGAUCCAGAGAAGAUUCAGAAGUUGAAGGAUGAUGCGGCUAGAGGGCUCAUAAAUCACAUGUUAUAUGAGUCAGAGAAGAUGUCUGGCCGUAAAUUUAGCAAGAGCUCCUAAUUUUGUUUAGAAUUUUGGGUUUUUUUCUCAAAUUUUCUGUAGUUUUGGCCGUUAACUAUGUGAUAAAGAUGUAUAGCAGCUUGAGGGCUCCCAAAGGUGCCUUGGUUCUAUGCUCUCACUUUGGGUCAUUAAGCUAUCUUGGUAUUGUGAAAUUUUGCAUUAGGACUUUAAACUGUUGUGUCGAGUUAAAAACUGAGAAACAUUUUAUUCAACAUGAUAUCUACGCGGAGGAUGUAGAGCAGAGAGCAGAAAGAUGUAUUCUUUGAAGGCUUUCCUAAAUUUUUUGAACUUUCUGCA